GCCCCCCUUUCAUUCGAAAAUCCCCUCUCUCUCUCUCUCUCUCUCUCGACUGUAACCAGACCACCACUGGAAAAUAAAAACCUUGGCGGAUCGCCGAUAGUAGCGUCUUCCAUCUUGCCUUUCUCUCUCUCUUCCUUUCGUCUUCCGAUUCUCUUCUUGUCCUGCAAUGGCCGUCCUCCGACGGAGCACGCCGAAGACCGGCCUUCAUACCGCGAUUUGGGCCGCUAAGUUCGCCUUCCUCCUCGCCGGAAUCUUGUCCAUUGCCGCCUUCGCCAGGAUCGCCGUCCCCUACACCGCCGCCCUCAUCGCCUCCGCGCUCCCCAACGCCUGGGCCGCCCUCCGUACCUGGCUCGUCCCCCCCUACCUCUUCAUCACCGUCCACCUCAUCAUCAUCGUCAUCUGGAAGCUCUCCGACCAAAAACAACCCCACUCCUGGCCAGCCGACGACAAGUCCCCGGACUCCCCUCAACCCCUCAAACCAAAAGAUUUCGGUGCUUCGCCUCUUCCGCGGAAGCCCUCGCCGGAGAUCUGGCAAGAAAUGUCCCCCGACCCGCCGGAAUCCGAUUCGGCGACGCCGGCUUCGGCGGAGGAACCCGGCGAGACCUCGCCACCGUCGGACGUGUCGUGCCUCACGACCGAUUCUGACGAGCAGUCCGCCGCUGCGUCCCGCCUCGACGUCAAGAAAAGCAUCACGCCCGCGCCGGAGACCGUGGAAUCGGUGAUGGAGGAGGAGUCGGCGCCGGCGCCGGGAGCGGAGAUCGAGGAGAACGACUCGAUGGACGACACGUGGAACGCGAUCAUGUCGAGGUCGAGGUCCUCAAGAUCGGAGGCGGCGGCCGGAAGGGGGAUGAUCAGGGCAGCGCCGGCGGCGGCGGAUCCCGACGAGAUGAACCGCCGAUUCGAGGAUUUUAUAAAGAAGAAAAAAGAUGAGAUCCGGCUUCAGAGGGACGAGUCGGACCAGCGGCGGUCGGAGGUGGUUAGCCGCGCUUUAUGCUAAUUAAUCCCAUCUCCCCCCCGUCACUACCCUCUCUCACUCCCUCUCUAUUAUCCGUUAAUUAGUCCUUUAAUGAACAUUAGUGACGGAGAUCAAAAGGUCACCACGGAUGGAUUACUCUUCUUCUCUCUUUUUUUAAUCUCGUCGGAUGGAGAGAAGAAGAACCCUAAAUUUCAGGCUUUUUUUGGUUUUUUUGGAUGGAAGUGACUUGUUUGAUGAUAGGACGGGAUGGUGGUUUUGCUGCUGGUCUGGUGUUCCCCUUUUUGGUCUUCCACUUAGGUAUUACUAGAUUCCUGUUUUCUAUAGUUGUUUUACUGUUCCUUACGAGCUUACAGCUGUCCUGAUACUGUUUAUAUAGUGCGCAUGGCGUGACGUGUGUGUUUGUGGCAUAAAUUUCUCUUGCUGUAGGGUGGAAUGUCGUGUUCGCUUCUUAAUAUCGAUGUCUUAUUCCUUUUUGUUAUCAUGCAUCGAACUUGUCUCCUGUAAUUUAUAAUUAAUGAUAAUAAUAUGGUAUCAUAUAUUUAUAAA